AUGGGCUACGAAAAGAAACUCGUCGCUCCGGCUUUGAAGUUUAGGAACUUCUUAGACAAGACUCCUAAUCUUUACAAUGUAUACUUCAUUGCCUCGAUUUCCUGUCUUUCAGGUAUGAUGUUCGGUUUUGAUAUCUCCUCGAUGUCAGUGUUCAUCGGUCAAGAGCCUUACUUAAAGAUGUUCAAUAACCCUAACUCCACGAUGCAAGGUUUCAUCACUGCGUCAAUGUCUUUGGGAUCGUUCUUCGGUUCUCUUACCUCUACUUUCAUUUCUGAACCAUUUGGAAGACGUGCCUCGUUGUUUAUCUGUGGUAUUCUUUGGGUUGUUGGUGCUGCCAUUCAGUGCUCCGCCAUGAACAGAGGUCAAUUAAUUGCCGGCCGUAUCAUCUCUGGAUGGGGUAUUGGUUUUGGUUCUUCCGUUGCCCCAGUUUACGGUUCCGAAUUGGCACCUAGAAAAAUCAGAGGUUUCAUUGGAGGAAUGUUCCAAUUCUCCGUCACUUUGGGUAUCUUCAUUAUGUUCUUGGUCGGUUAUGGCUGCUCGCACAUCGAUGGUAAAGCCUCUUUUAGAGUUCCAUGGGGCUUCCAAAUGCUCCCAGGUCUCUUGUUGUUGUUUGGUCUCUUCUUCAUCCCCGAAUCUCCUAGAUGGUUGGCCAAGCAGGGCUAUUGGGACGACGCCGAAUUGAUCGUCUCCAAGAUUCAAGCUAGAGGAAAUGUUGAGGAUCCAGAUGUGCAAAUUGAGAUGUCUGAGAUCAAAGAGCAAUUAUUGAUUGACGAGCAUGCAAAGAACUUCACUUAUGGUGAUCUUUUCUCCAAGAAGUACAGGGCCAGAACCGUCACUGCCGUCUUUGCUCAGAUCUGGCAACAAUUGACCGGUAUGAAUGUCAUGAUGUACUAUAUUGUGUACAUUUUCGAGAUGGCUGGCUUCACUGGUAACACCAACUUGAUUCCCUCUCUUAUUCAGUACAUUCUUAACUGUGCAGUGACAGUUCCUUCCUUGUGGUUGUUGGAUAAGGUCGGUAGACGUUUUAUUUUGUUGACUGGUGCUGCCUUAAUGAUGGCCUUCCAGUUUGGUGUCGCCGGAAUUUUGGCCACUUACUCAGAGCCGAACGCUAUCUCCGACACUGUUCGUAUCUCCAUUCCUGACAACCACAAGGCUGCCGCCAAGGGUGUCAUUGCUUGUUGCUACUUGUUCGUUUGUUCCUUUGCCUCUUCUUGGGGUGUCGGUAUCUGGGUCUAUUGUUCUGAGGUUUGGGGUGACUCUCUUUCUAGACAAAGAGGUGCUGCCCUUUCGACCUCUGCUAACUGGAUCUUCAACUUUGCCAUUGCUAUGUUCACUCCAUCCUCUUUCAAGAACAUCACAUGGAAGACUUAUAUCAUCUACGCAGUGUUCUGUAUCUGUAUGUUCAUCCAUGUCUUCUUCUUCUUCCCCGAGACUAAAGGCAAGAGAUUGGAGGAAAUUGCUCAAAUCUGGGAAGAAAAGAUUCCAGCUUGGAAGACUGCAAACUGGCAACCACAUAUUCCUAUUGCUACUGAUGCAGACCUUGCCGCAAAGCUUUCUACUCAACAUGCUGAACAUGCCAAUGGUGGUGAGUUGAUAUCCUCAGGAACUCCAUCAGAAAAGAGUCAAGGUGUUUAA